AAGAAAAUUAAAUAUGGUAUAAACACAAACAGUAUUAAUCUUUGAUAAGUGGAUCGGUAUUUUGUAAUUUUAUAUUUUUUUAAUAUAAUAAUAUUUAAACUAAGGUUUUUUGAAAUGAGUGCGUGUCAUAAGAUUUUGAGAAAGUCUAAAUUAUUUUCUCAAACUAACACAUUUAUCAAGCGGCAUGUAAGUGCCAAAGCUUUUAUUUUCGAAAAACAGUUUGAUGGUUUUCCGAAAGAAAGUGAUUUUAAACUUGUAACUAAAGAAUUGCCGGCGCUCAAGGAUGGGGAAUUUUUGGCAGCAGCAGAAUAUUUAAGUGUGGAUCCGUAUAUGCGAGCAUACGCUCCAAGAGUAAAGACAGGAAAGACUUUUAUGGGAUCUCAAGUUGCUAAGAUCGUAGAGAGUAAAAAUUCAAAAUUUCCAGAGGGAACAUAUAUAGUCGGAGAAUAUGGAUGGAAAACCCACACAAUAUCAAAUGGAAAAGGCACUGUCAGCGGGCUGCCAUCGGCUUGGAUCAUACCAGACAUUGGAAACCUUCCACAUUCACUAGCUUUAGGAGUCUUAGGAAUGCCAGGAAAUACAGCUUACUUUGGAUUAUUGGAACUAUGCCAGCCAAAAGCAGGUGAAACAGUAAUUGUUACCGGUGCUGCUGGGGCGGUAGGUAGCCAUGUCGGACAAAUAGCCAAAAUAAAAGGAUGCCGAACAGUCGGUGUCGCUGGAUCCGACGAAAAAGGUAAAUGGCUUGUAGACGAACUAGGAUUUGAUCAUUUUAUCAACUAUAAGAAAGAUGAUUUACGAAGUAAAAUUAAAGAAUUUGCACCAUAUGACUGUUAUUUUGAUAACGUUGGAGGAGAGAUCAGUUCGAUGAUAAUGGCGUACAUGAGCUUGUACGGUAGAAUCUCUGUAUGUGGGGCAAUUUCUGGAUAUAACGAUACAACAGUACCAAAAGCUACCAUUGUGCAAUAUCCUCUGCUAUUUAAUCAGCUACGAAUGGAAGGAUUCGUUGUUCAAAGAUGGGUGGAUAGAUGGUUCGAAGGUGUAGAACAAAAUAAAAAAUGGAUUAAUGAAGGAAAACUAAAGUAUAAAGAAACUGUGACCCAUGGAUUUGAGAAUAUGUAUGCAGCUUUUGCUGAUAUGUUACGUGGUGGAAAUACCGGCAAAGCAAUUGUUAAAGUGUAAUAUAUAAAUAAAAUACUUUUAUUUGU